AGCGACGCAUGCGCUACACAGAGCCCGUCUCGUCUAAGAAGGGAGGGGCGAGCCAGGCGCCGCCACGUUUAAUAAGCAUGUUGCUCAGACGUGUAUCUUGCGGAUUUGUUUCCUCCUUCAAGGCCAACAGCGGAGCGCGUGGCUCUGGCGGCUGUUGCUUUCUUUGUGGGAGACGCUUUGGGCUCUCCAGGCUCCAAAAGCUAGUCCGAAGGGGGUGGCUGCAGUGGCAGAGGGUGCCGGUGGGAGUCCCAUGGGUGGCUGCAGAGACCCCCAGGCUCCUGAAGGGGGAAUGCGGGGUGCCGCCGAGGCGCCUUUGCAGUGGGCAUUACGCGGGUUCUCCCAGCAGCGCUAGUGUUGGGGAGGAGCACUCGGGGGUUCCUGAAGCACUCCUGGAUGUCUGUCAGAGGAGGCACUUCCUCAAAGGAGGAAAGGACCACCGGGACGUCAGCUGGGACUCUUACCUGAGGGGGGACCACCCGGGCUUUGGGCCUCUGGGGGUGGAGUUGAGGAAGAACCUAGCUACUCAGUGGUGGGAGUCCGUGGUGGUGUUCAGGGAGCAAGUGUUGGGCGUGGAUGCCGUUGUCCGUCGCUCUUCAAACGCUGGCGAAGUUUCACUGAGGGAGGCCCUUCGACUGGUGCACCCACGAGCCCUUUGGAAAAUCUUGGAGAAUGACCAGUUAAGCAAAGAACAGCUGUUAGCCUCUGUGGAGAAGAUGCUGGAGGCAUCUGGGAUGCUGCGGGACAGCCUCCUUCCUGGUGCCUUGGAGCAUUAUGUUGAGUGUCUGGAACUGGUGAACAAGAGACUGCCUUUUGGGGUUGCUCAGAUAGGCGUAUGUUUCCAUCCAAUAAGAAAUAAUAAAAAAGAGAAUUGCAUGAGAACAGGUGAAAGGACAAUGGCUUCCCUAGUGUGGUACAGCUCUGCUAGAACUGCUGGACAAUGGCUUGACUACUGGUUACGUCAGCGUCUCCAGUGGUGGAGGAAGUUUGCAAUAAGUCCAUUCAACUUCAGCAGUAGUGAUCAUCAUGAAGAAGGAAGAAGAAGCAGCCAUCUCUAUUAUAGUUUCCCUUGGGGAAAGGAAGUAAUAGAAACUCUGAGGAAUCUAGGGGAUAAUGAACUGUUGCAAAUGUAUCCAGGACAAGGAUCCAAUUUGCUUGGUCGAGAUGGGAGGAAGAAUGUUGUUCCUCAUGUCCUGUCUGUGAGUGGCAAUCUGGACAAUGGUGUAUUAGCAUAUCUCUGUGACGGUAUGCAGUUGGCUGAAAAUGCUUUAACAAGGAAGAAAGCUCUGCAGAGAAAGGUACUUAAGCUUCACCCAUGUUUGACACCAAUCAAGGUAGCUUUGGAUGUGGGAAGAGGUCCAACAUUAGAGUUGAGACAGAUAGACUCAUAUGCAGCAGUAGAAGCAUUCUAAGCCUGAUCUUGAGGCAACCAGUGGGAGAAGAGAACUUCCCUUGGAUGAAAACCUAGAGCGCAAUCCAGUGAAAAGUUCUGUGUGAGCCCUAUUUUGAUGGGUGGGAGCUGUUCAGGCACAAAUAAGUCUCAUUGGGCAGAAAUUCACCAGACUGAAGAUCUUAAGGAUGAACAUUAACUGCUUGUGAAACAAAGUAUCUGUUCAAAACAGAGGAAAAUAACUUCCAUCAAUUCCUGAGUUAAUUUCUGUUGCCAAAAACAAAGAAAUGUCAACUAUAUUUGAGGUGAAUGAACAAAGAUGAAAUUGUUAGCAAUUAGGGGAUUUCUUUUUCUCCCUCCCCACCACCAGAAUGGGUCUUGAAUUUGUAUAUGUCAUUAAUGCUGUCAAUAAAAAAGGGUAAAUUUGUUUUUCCCGUUUAAUGU